GUGUGUGUCACACAACAGUGAGAUGGAAUUGUGAAUCUGUGAAGUUAGAGGGAAAUGAAAUGCAGAAAGCACGGACAGUAGCAACUACAUUAUUAACAAUGACCAUUCCCAAAAGAGGGUUAAGGUGCCACAAAACAGUUUGUUUCUGCUGUUAAAAUCAUUCCUCCCUCAAAUAAUGUGAUGCCCUGUCUGGUCCAAUAGUUCCUCAUCUUUGCUAUCAAAACCCUCCAUGACUUUGCCCCUCCUGAUCUCUCCAUUCUUAUGUCCUGAAACAUCCCUGCUUUUGACCUUUGCUCAUGUAGCUCUAUCACCUCCAGCUGUCCAAAGGUAUUCUGCUCCCUCAGAAGACUGCCUUUCCCCAUUUGGAACUAUCUCGCACAUCACUUUUGUGAUGCAAUUUUUUCUCUUUCCUCAAAUCCUUCCUCAGUGCCCACUUUCCUCAUAAAGCUGUUGGCACAAAACCUGGUGUAACUGCCCAAGUAUCUGUAACAGUGAAGAAGGGGUGGGGGAAUAACACAUUCUCCAUCUGUUUUUCCUGAGCUUUCACAGCUCUGCACUUCCUUGUUACCCCCUCUGUCAGUUUUUAGAUUGUAUGUUUCUCAGGGCAGAGACAUGGCCUCUUGUUUUCUCUCAAGCACUUUGCAAAUGGAUGAUAGAAUGCUAUAGCUAUCUGGAUCUGAUGAAAUGUGCUUUAGACCAUGAAAACCCAUUCGAGAAAGAGUAAAGUAAGUGUCCCAAAAUCCCAUUUUGUGUUUACUGUAACAGGUUAACACAGUUAAGCUUCUGGAACUUAUUGCAUGGUAGAGCAAUACAGACAGCCAUACUACCCCAGAUAUGGAUAACAGACAUGAAGAGAAAGGUGGGGCGCUGUGUGCAACAUCGCAAGAGAAAACUAAAGGAAGAGAGAGAGAAAAGAGGAAGCGAAAACGCAGCAGGAGCAGGUCCACCUCAAUUUCUUCCACUACGUCGUCUAGUUCUUCAACAUCCUCAUCUUCAAGUUCUUCCUCAAGGUCCUCUGCUUCACGCAGCAGAAGCAGCUCAAGUAGUAGAGAUUCUCCCAAAUCAAAAUCAAAGAAAAGGAAAAAGGAAAAACAGAACAAAAAGAAGAGAAAAAAAGAUAAGUUGAAGAAAAAGAAAGAAAAGAAGAAAAAGAAAGAAAAGUCAGGUCCUGUACAGCUUUCUAAGUACUUGAAAGAUAAAAAGAAGAAUCAGAACUACAGUAUGAUCACAGGGAAGAAAAUUAAGAUGAAAGUAAAGAAGAGUAAAAAGGAUAAAGAGAUCUGUAUUUACUGCCAAUCAUUUCCGUGGGCUCUAGCACUCAUCACGGUGUGCCAUUGCGCCAGAAGCGGUUUAGUCAUGUUGGCCACAUGACCCAGAAAGCUGUCUGCAGACAAACACUGGCUCCCUCGGCCUGAAAGCAAGAUGAGCGCCACAAACCCAUGGUUGCCUUUGACUGGACUUAUCUGUCCAGGGGAUCCUGUACUGCCAAUGCAGAUGUACACCUCCAUUGCAAUGCUUUUCCAAACCCUGUCAAACUGUCUGGACAUAUCUUUUCAUACAGAUGGGUAUACACAUCUGUAAUGACCAGUUGCUACUUGAAAUGGCAGCUGGAUCAAAGCUGUAGCUUUUCUCAUAAUGUUCUGCAUUCCUUGAGUUUGUUUAAAAAACACCUCUUUAUGUUUAAAGGCCUUCUAGUUUUUCUAGUGAUUUUUCUGUUAUUGAAUUAUUUUAUAUCAUUCCCCCUAAUGAUAUAACGAACUCAGAUGACUGAAAGCCUAGGAGUUUGGAAGCAAAACAGAACCACCCCUUACAAAAGGCUACAAAAUGAGUUUCUAAUAGUUUGAACUGGCUAUUGAAAGCAUUUAUAAAAUAGUUUUAAAUUCACUGGCUUUUUUA